CUACCGGAACAGAGACACUUUCCUCCGCCUAACCUGAGUUGACACACGCGGGUGUGGGGGGGGAGCUGCUGGUUCUUCGCCUGAAGUUUUUCCAGCCACGGAAAAAGUCGAAAGGAGACGGAAAGUCGAAGCGGAUGGUGCUGGAGGAACUUUCCCACAUGAUUGAGGUGUCGAUACCGUCGCUGGAGAGGGAGGUGGACGAGUCCGGCAAGUCGAAGAAGCUUUUCAGAGUUGAAGUCUUGUUUAACGAAAGGAAACAUUAUGUACUCAGAAGAAACAGUGAAUUCCAGACGCUCCACAGGAAGCUUAAGAAGAUCAUCCAGACUCCGGAUUUUCCGAGCAAAAGGAACCCCCAUCUGAGGACCAAACCUCUGGAGCAGAGGCGGCAGGAGCUGGAAGAUUACAUCCAGGAAAUUAUCUAUCAAAACGAAGAAGUGCCUCAGGUGCUGCUGGACUUCCUCCACGUGAAGCACUUCCACACGGGGAACAAGAUCAGCAGCGUCGAGUCACUGGAUGAACUGGACAGUCAGGAAUACAAUUACCAUUUACCACAUCAACGGGUUCUGGGCUUCUUCCAGGAUCCUUAUCUGCCAGGCAGCUCCUCAGGCCUCCCGGACAUCGUGGUGGACGGAGUUCUGCAGGGUUUCUACCCCCGGGACGUCCGGGUCAGCUUCAGCGCCUCCAUUCUCCCUGACCACGACGCCUGACAGGCAGCACGGUCCAAAGACCCAAAACGGGCAGAAAUAUGGCUACGUUUCAGCGAAUUGCAGCAUCGUCGAACGGUUCAUUUGACUCAGGAGAAGAAGUUCAUGAGACAUUUCAAGCUCAUUUUGGUCAUUGUGACUUGAAUCAGAUUCAGUUUCUCUGAAAACCUGAAUAAUAUGCACACAAAAGCUUAAAUCAACUUGGGUCUUCUUCCAGACACUGAGCUUGAUUUUUGAAAAUGAGAGGCUUUUUCUAGAAGAUUUUUGUUUCUUACUUUUGUUGGAUUGGCUAAUAUAUGGCAAAAUGCAACAGCUCUUUUCACACAAACUGCAUCAACGAAUCAAAACAAAGCAACAAAUGAGCUAGGCGCUGUCAAUAUUCCAUUUCACCUUUUUUUUCCCCCUUCCACUGAACUUUCCAUCAAUAUGUUUUGACACAGCACUCUUCUUAAUAAAGGAUUUUAACGACUGUCUGCUGGACAACUGUCAAGCUGGGAGUCUUCACUGUGAUCGAGAGGCCAUGAUGUAAACACAAUGUCAGUUUUGCUUAGUU